AUGAAGAAAAACAAAGAAAAAGAAGCCAACCAUGUUUCUGAGUCAAGAAAUCGUCCAGAUGAAAUUCAAUCGAUUUUUGAUGAUUUUUCUCAAAAUAUCUGUAAUGUUAUAAUAGACAGUUUUUCUUGUGAUAACGAAGUUCUAAUGAUCGAUAAUGAUCAUUACCAAUCUGUUAAAGUUACAAGACUAGCUGGUAUUAGAAAAAGAGAAGAAAAUAUGACUAAUUUCGUAGG